UUUUAUUGACAUUGAACAGAUUCACUGGUCGCUCUAUGGACUAGAGAAAACUAUUAAGCGAAAAAUUACAGAGAAUGAAAAGUAAUCCUAAACUAUGAUAAGUCGAUUCUUUUGGAAGUGUGGAGUUUAUUGGAUGGUUUCUGUCAGUGUAGCAAUUUUAUACUUAGCCUUCAUUCACAAAAAAAAUAUCAACUUGUUGAAAGAAAAUGAUGUGUCAAAAUCAGAAAAACUUAUGUCUUGCAAGGAUGUAUGCUUAACAAAAGAAUGUAUUCAAGCAGCAAGUAGCUUGUUAGAAAGCAUUGAUGAAAAUAAAAGUCCGUGUGAGGACUUUUAUUCCUUUGCCUGUGGAAAAUGGAUGGCGAAGUUUACGGAAAAUGAAAACCAUACAAUGAUUGAAGCAAUGAAAGAAAACCUCAAAGCAGCUGUGAAAGAAGUUAUUAAUGAAAUUGAAGAUUCCUCAGAAAGUUCAGCUGGAAAACUAAAAACCUUGUACGAAACCUGUGUCAAUUAUAGUUCUUCUGAACAGAAUGCAAUACCAUCAGCUUUAUUGUUUCUUGAACGUCUAGGAAUUGAAGGAUGGCCAAACUUAGCACUUGAUUUUAAAUUCACAAAUUCUACACUUGAAGAAGUUCUGGCCAUGUUAAUUAGCCACAAUGAAUUUGCUUUCAUGUAUUUCCAUAACUCACAAGACUUAAUGAAAUUUUCCGUAAGUUUCAGAUUAUAA